UUUCAUAUAUCCUUUUGGAAAUAAUUAUGUACGGCGUUACAAAUUGACGUUUUUUUACAUCCGGCGUUACACAUUGACGACAUCACUGUAUUCAAUCAAUCUAUAUGACAAUCAAUAUGUCAAACAACGCAUAACAACAAGUAGAAUUUAAAAUGUUAGCACUUGUGAUUAGGUUUAAUCAACAUAAAUUAAUGGUGAUAAUAUUAUUUUAAAAGAAAUAAUGUUGAGUGGAGAUCACAUGGAGGAGGAAGAUAAUAACAAAACGAUUCCUCAUUACCUUUCCUUCCUCAGAAAACAUUCUCUCAUCUUCUACUCUCUAAUCGCUAAUCUCUUUUCUCUAUUUCUGUCUUCAGACACUGUCACCGGAGAAGCAGAGGAACUGACAUGGAGUCUAUUUCUCCACUGACAAAUCAUCCAACGGCUAGCUCCAGUUAUGAUCAGUCGCGGCGUAAGCGUAAGAAGAAACCAACGUCACCAUCACCGUCGCAUUCUUCGUCUCAAUCAUCGGUGCAGAAAUGGAGAUCCGAGAAGCAGCAGCAAAUCUACUCGACCAACAUCAUUCGAUCUCUGAGGGAACUACGUAUUAGCGCCGCCACCGAUGCAUCUGGUAAGCUCUCUCCUCGCGGCGGAGGUAUAGCCGUACGCGACGCCGCUUACAGGUCUCUGGCGGUUACGGCGAGAGGCAGAACACUGUGGAGCCGAGCUAUACUAUCUAAAGCCGUUAAAGUGAAGCUCAAGUUUAGGAAACAGAACCGGUUAAGAACAUCGGUGGUUUCGAUAACCGGGAAUAGCCGGUUAAGGAAAAAGAGAGCAACGGUUUUGAGGUUGAAGGGGAAGGGGUUUGCAGCUGUACAGAGGAAAGUGAAAUUGCUGAGCCGGUUAAUCCCCGGUUGCCGAAAACAACCGUUACCGGUGGUUUUAGAAGAAACUACUGAUUACAUUGUUGCGAUGGAGAUGCAGAUUCGUGCUUUGAAUGCCAUUAUCUCCGCCGUUGGCUCCAGCUCGGCUGUGCCGGAGACAGGUAAUCAUGGGGAAGAGACACACAUGCUCGAUUAGCUUGCCCAGCUGUCUUUUUGUAUUUUUUCUGUAUUAAAAAAAAUAUUUGUUUAUUUGAUAUUUCUCUCUGAUAUUUUUUUUCUUUCUGAAAACUAUGUUUGUGUGACAAAAUUGCCUAUUUUAAUAUUAUGAAUUAAUGAUUCAA